AAAAAAUAAUGUGUGGUAUCUUUGCUGUCUGUAACUAUCAAGGUAAUGUUGAUGCCUUCCGUCAACGAGCUCUUUACCUUUCAAAGAAGGUUAGACAUCGUGGUCCUGACUGGUCUGGUUGCCACGUUUCUAAGAACAAUAUCUUAUGUCACGAGCGUUUAGCUAUUGUUGGUGUUGACUCUGGUGCUCAGCCUCUUGUCAGUGAAGAUGGUAAUAUUGUCCUUUGUGUCAAUGGUGAGAUAUAUAACCACAAGCACUUAAGAAACCAAUUGAAGCAACCUCAUCAUUUCCAAACCCAUUCUGAUUGUGAAGUGAUUAUGCAUAUGUACAACGAGAUGGGCACUGAUCUUGUUCAACAUUUGGAUGGUAUGUUUUCUUUUGUCUUGUUGGACGUGAAACGUAACCGUGUUUUUGCUGCUCGUGAUGCUAUUGGUAUCACUACACUUUAUUACGGUUGGGAUAGUAAGAUGCCUGGUACAAUCUAUUUUGCUUCUGAACUCAAAUCCUUGAAUGAAGAAUGCGAUAAAAUUUUGGCUUUCCCUCCUGGCCACUUUUAUGAUUCAGAAACACAUGAAACAACCCGUUGGUUUAAGCCUACUUGGUGGGAUGAAAACAAGAUCCCCAAUAACCCUAUUGACUACACCGAACUUCGUGAAUCUCUUGAAAAGGCCGUCCGUAAGAGACUUAUGGCUGAGGUACCUUAUGGUGUAUUACUGUCCGGCGGUCUUGAUUCCUCUCUGAUUGCUGCUAUUGCUGCUCGAGAGACCGAAAAAAUUGCUGAGGGCCAAGCCGAGGAAGAUGACAACUUUGACGACAGUGGGCCUAAAUCAUGGCCUGGUGUCCAUUCAUUCUCUGUUGGUCUUCCUGGUGCACCAGAUUUACUCGCAGCUAGAGAAGUUGCCAAAUAUCUCAACACAAUUCAUCACGAAUACACAUUCACUGUCCAGGAAGCGCUGGAUGCAAUUAAUGAUGUCAUUUUCCACCUGGAAACGUAUGAUGUUACCACCAUUCGUGCAUCCACACCCAUGUAUCUCUUAUCUCGCAAGAUCAAGGCUAUGGGCGUUAAAAUGGUUUUAUCAGGUGAGGGAUCUGAUGAGAUUUUUGGUGGAUACCUUUAUUUCCAUCAAGCACCCGACAAGGCAUCAUUCCACGCUGAAUGUGUAAACCGUGUCAAGAAUUUACACACUUCGGAUUGUCUGCGUGCUAAUAAAUCUACCAUGGCAUGGGGUCUGGAAGCUCGUGUUCCUUUCCUCGAUAAGGAAUUUCUUGAGGUAGCUAUGAACAUUGAUCCUGAAGAGAAGCGACCCAACAAAUCUGCCGGUCGUAUGGAAAAGUACAUCAUCAGAAAGGCUUUCGAUACCUCCGAUGAUCCUACUGCUAAACCUUACUUGCCCCAUAAUAUUCUAUGGAGACAAAAGGAGCAAUUUUCCGAUGGUGUUGGUUAUAAUUGGAUUGAUAGUCUCAAGGCCGAAAGUGAAAGUAAGGUUUCGGAUGAAGAAUUGGCCAACGCUGGUCAGAGAUGGACUAAAGAUGUUCCCGAUACAAAAGAAGCUUAUAUGUAUCGUGUCAUGUUUGACCAAUGGUUCCCUCAACCUGCUUGUGCAGCUUCUGUGGUUAGAUGGAUUCCUCGUGCUGAUUGGGGUUGUCCCUCCGAUCCUUCUGGUCGUGCUCAAAAAGCUCACGAAGCUGCUUACGAAAAUUAAAAUUAUUAUUGCAUCA